CGACAGCCCCCAAGCCCACACAGCUGAGGCGCCGCCUCGGCUCUCUUCUCCCCCAGUGAGGGAAAGAGACGUGAAUGAAGAGGAGGGGAGUCGGAACUUUUCCUUUGCUUGUUUGCGCGCAAAAAGCAGCGAAAACGGCACUUCUCAGGCCCAGCUUGAAGGAAUGUGAGCCUCGCUGCCUUCCUCUCUGACACAGCAUGAUUACAGCCAGCAGGGACAAAGCUAAGAAGUCAAGACAGCUGUCCCGCUUACUCCAGGGAAGAACUGGGGGUAGGGGGGGAGAUCUCCAUUGAACUCUCCUCUUCCCAACAAAGAUUGUCUGUGGCUCUUCUGGCUGUUUGGAGAAAGGCAGAGAAAAGAGUCCGAACAACGCCGACGGGACGGCAAUGAUUCUCGGGCCCUAAUGGGGACGCUGAGCCGCUUACCAGGCCCUCUUCUCUGUAACAGCGUCUCCACUGGUAGUGGCCAUGAACCGGUCUACGGACCAGGAGAUGAUCGAGCUGAAGAACCUAAAUCUGGAGAAGCAGCUGGACCUGACUCGAGGCCCGCGAGGCACGUCCGAGCGUCCCGUCCGGCUGGAGAGGGCCAACGCCUUGAGGAUCUCCCCCGGGAAGGUGCCUGAGAUCUUGAGCCGCGUAAGGCAAAUUCGCCUUCUGGGCGGCCAGAGCGACCCCAAACUGACCGAGGAGCUGGGCGAGGGGCACAUCUUCAAGCCCUGCACCCAGAGUCAGCCAACCUGGUGCGAUCUGUGCGGGGAGUUCAUCUGGGGCGUGUACAAGAAGCGACUGCAAUGCAUCCGUGAGUACCAGCGGGCAGCACGAGACUGUAAGUUCAUCUGUCAUUACCGAUGCCGUGUCUUGAUCCGACUUGACUGUAGUGGUCCCAGAUAUCAAGACAGUGAUCAGAAUGGAUGUAAUGAGCAGACAGUGGAAAAAGACACCAAUGUGGAUGAGCAGAUUGACUGGGAGAAACCCAUUUUGUCCCAAACUGAGAUUGAGCAGAAGAUAAAAGAAUACAACAGCCAGAUCAACAGCAAUCUCUUCAUGAGUUUGAACAAAGAUGGUUCCUACACUGGCUUCAUCAAAGUGCAAUUAAAACUGAUCCGGCCUGUCUCAGUACCUGCCAAUAAAAAGGCACCCUCAAUCCAAGACACCAGGAAGAGCUCCUUGCGUAGCCAAGCAGUAAAGCGCCGCACCUCAUUCUACCUACCAAAGGACACAAUCAAGCACUUGCAUAUAAUUUCUCGUACAUGUGCCAGUGAGGUCAUUGAAGCCUUGCUCAAGAAAUUCAUGGUAGUUGAUAAUCCCCGCAAGUUUGCCCUCUUUGAGAGAACAGAAAAAGAUGACCAAGUGUAUCUCCGCAAGCUUUCUGAUGAGGAACAACCACUGCGUCUUCGGCUGCUGGCUGGCCCUAGUGAAAAAGCACUUAGCUUUGUUCUCAAGGAGAAUGAGACUGGAGAAGUCAAUUGGGAUGCUUUUAGUAUGCCUGAGCUGCAGAACUUCCUGCGUAUCCUGCAACGUGAAGAAGAGGAGCAUGUCAGGCAGAUCCUGCAGAAAUAUACCCACUGCCGUCAAAAGAUUCAGGAGGCACUGGCCACCCAGACCCCAGGUUGAGGUGCUUGUUCCAGAUCCAGCAUUCCAGUAGCAAUAAGAUGCCGGAUACAAAGAAGUGGUGAAACCAAGAGGACUACGAAUGAAACAAUCCUAGGACUGUCUGUAGACUGAAUGUAUCUCUUUGGAGGGGCAGGGGGAUGGGAAUGGGGCAACAGGGAUGUCCAGUUCCCUUGGUGAGUCAGUGAGUGGGUGCAUGUGUGUCUGCUCCUCAUGGAGUGAAUGGUUAAUGGAGGUGUUGAGUGCAAGGCACAGUGGGAUCAGGUAGGAACUACCUGUGGAAUGAGUGUAAAGAUACAAAAAAGUAUGUCUGUGGCAACCAGGAAUGUAAUGCCACUUUCAUAUCCCCAGACUGGCUCAGGGGUAUGUUUAGCCAGUUUGAGGUUUUAACAUGAAUGGGGCUGACCAAAGUGACCACAAAUUUAGAUGUAUCCUCAAGAAGCCUCCCUAGCAAGCACUUUGCCUCAAAACAUCUUUUGUAUUUUUGUUGGGAAUCUCAUUGUGAAGGGUCAUGGACAGGAUUAAAUAGACUUGUCAACCUUAUCUUGUUUGAGCCAUAUAACAGUAGAACAUCUAGAAGAACUGAAAUUUCAGGUGCCUAUCAGCUAGAGGUGUUGGUUGGGUUGUGGCGAUACAAAAUGGGUGGGGGUGGGAUAAAGUCUGUUCCCCACUCAGGUCAAAUAGAAAUGGAAGGUAAGAACAGCUGGAUAGCCUUGAUAGUAUGUGUGGUCAAAAGCAAAAUGCCAAAGGAGUAAUAUCCCAAAGAAAAGCAAGGGAGUUUCUGGUAAAUUUCUCCCACUGUUAACUGUAACUCCAGUGCUUACUAAUUAGAAUUGCUGUUUAGGUUAAGAUUGACACCAAAAAACAAGGACAUUAAAAUGAAUUGGUGUAGAGCAGUAUCCCAAAAACACAGAUCUAUGAAACUGAGGAGGAAACAGACUUUUUCUUAUUCAGACAUCCCUGAUGUAGCCUUGUAUAUGAAAAAUGUGCAGAUGAGGGACAUGACAAAUCCCAGGAUUCAGAUUGCUCUUUUGGUGAGGGCAGCCAUUACUUUUACUGUGCCUCAUUUGUGCACGCAACUAUGCGCCUCCAUGUCUUUGACAGACAUUGGCAUGUUUAAGAGGCACCCUGACUUGAGCAGUACCUAGCAGGGAAUCUGUUCCCAUCGUUGAGUAGUAGUUGUACUUGUUUGUUGGGAGGGGGUGGCGUCCGUACUACUGCUUAUGUUUACGGAGUUUGAUCACAUCUGUUUGUAUGUUCUGUGAAAAGUGAAGUACAUUCAGAGCAAAUGCUUAGAGAAAACAUUGCUUAUUAGCAGUGGCAGGUCCUAUUGGAGAGUACAGUUUAAAAUGAAGGUUGCUUUGAGCAUUCAGAGGAUGAAAUCUCAACUACUCAUGUUGCAAAUGGUGCUGUUUGUAUGCCAAUCAAUAAAAGAUUCA